AUGUCUACCACACCUGGUCAAGGAACACCCGCUGUCCAAACCCCUCCUAUCCCUCAAGGUGCCGGAAGCGCAGCUGUUCCAAGCGUUGCUCCUGCGCGCGCCAGCGCUGCUAGUAGGGAAGGAGGAAACAGUCUCGGAACCUUCAAUGUCAAAUCCGGUUUGGCGCAGAUGCUGAAAGGAGGCGUUAUCAUGGAUGCUCGCAUUGCCGAAGAGGCUGGUGCUUGUGCCGUAAUGGCGCUUGAAAGGGUACCAGCUGACAUCAGGGCCGAAGGCGGCGUUGCGCGAAUGAGUGACCCGGACAUGAUCAAGAAGAUUGUCGAUGCAGUCACUAUCCCCGUAAUGGCCAAAGUUAGAAUUGGACACUUCGUUGAAGCUCAGAUCCUUCAAGCUAUUGGCAUUGAUUAUAUUGAUGAAUCCGAAGUCCUUACACCUGCGGAUGACGAGUACCACAUCAACAAGCACGGUUUCAAAGUUCCUUUCGUGUGCGGUGCCCGAGACCUUGGUGAAGCCCUACGCCGCAUUUCCGAGGGUGCAGCUAUGAUUCGCACCAAAGGCGAAGCUGGUACCGGAAAUGUUGUUGAGGCCGUCCGCCACCAACGUGCUGUCAUGAAUCAAAUUAGAAAGGCAAGCGUAAUGACCGAAGAAGAAUUAUACGUAUUCGCAAAAGAGAUUCAAGCGCCCUUCCACCUUCUCAAGGAAACCGCUCGACUAAAACGUCUCCCUGUUGUGAACUUCGCCGCCGGAGGCGUUGCUACUCCAGCUGACGCAGCGCUCAUGAUGCAACUGGGAUGCGAUGGGGUUUUCGUUGGGUCUGGAAUUUUCCAUUCCGGAGAUCCCGCCAAGCGGGCACGCGCAAUUGUGCAGGCAGUUACGCACUUCAAUAAUGCUAAACUUUUGGCCGAAGUGUCGGAAAAUUUGGGACCUGCAAUGGUUGGUUUGACUAUUGAUGCAAACCUCAAGGGAGGAAAUUAUGCUGCCCGUGGCAAGUAA